CUUCAAGGUAUUUUUAUUAUUUUAUUAGUGUUUCUUUAUCUUUUGUAGGAUGUCUUCUUCUUCUGACGAUUUGCUUUCCGGGUUUCAAUUAGAUUUGGAUAUUCCAAUGGGCGGUCCUGAAAUCCACAUCGCCGAGCCUAUUCCAGGAGAUCAGGCUUAAAUUACUGUAGUUCCUGGCGAGGCAGUGUUACUUGCUGGUGACGGAGUAAUCGUCAUAGCAGAUGGCGAUGCGGUCGAAGAGCCAUUAGGUGAUGAGGUUGUUGUAGCUCCACCUCCUCCUCCAGCUCCAGUGAAUAUUCCGGAAGAAAAUGGGAAGUAAAUUCGGGCGAGGUGAUUGUUAUUGAUUCGGAGGAGGUUUUACUGAGUCAAGACAUUAUGGAUUCGCCGUCCAGGAAGCGGCGUCAGGUUAGCGACGAAUCUCCUUCAAGGGAGAGUCUUCCUGGAAGUUUUUCUUCUGCUCCUAGCUUGGUGCAGUGGGUUAAAGGUCAUGAUCCAGCCAGCUUGCUGAAUCCUAGGGUUUUGGCGGAAUACAUCAGGACUUUGGCGAUUCUUGAAGAUAUUACUUGGUUUGCCUCCAAGCCUGGGCAUGAGCUUUCGGACAUUGCUUUUUUUCAUGGCUUCUCUGCCCUUCAAUCUGUUCUGGUGCUGAACGAUCGUCGUCAAUGUGCCGAGGAGGAAGUCGAGCGUCUUUCUACUCUUCUGGCGACCUCUGAAUCUGAGAGGGCAAAGCUGAAGGCUUCAUUAGAAGAGCAUGAUUCGCUCCUGUCACAGCUUAAGGCGCAGGAUGCGAUUAAUUAUCGCCAGGUCAAAGUGAUUGAGAAGAAAACCAAUGACCUGACUCAGGAGAUUGCAGAGCUUAUCCAGAUCAAUACUCUUGUUGGCGAAGAGCGAGAUAAGCUGAGAUCUGAGGUAGAGGGCCUUCAUAUUCGUCUUCUCGAUACGAAGGCUUUUAUUCUGCUUUGAUCAGCGAGUAUUGUCUCGCUAUCGGGAGAAAACUUUUGGAUCAGAACCCAAACAUUGAUCUGUCUGGAGUCAACGGGUUGGAUCCUCAAGCCAUUGCUCGUCAUCUUCUUGAGAAAAUGUCAAAGGACCGCGCGAAAUAGAUUUUUGUUUUUGCUUUUUUGUAUGGGACAGUCUUUUUUUGUAAUAUUAUUUUGUAUUAUUGAUUUAUGAAUACAUCUCCUUUUCUUCAA